GCCCUUGGUCGAGCUGAGCGACCCACGCCCCGGUCUGACCCUUGGGGCCUUGCCCUCCUCCUAUGCAAGGGUUUUCGAGUAGAAGCACACCCUUCACCGUCGAUUGUUUGCAGCCGUGUAGGCCGCACCGCCGUCCGUCGCCGUCGACAUGGCAAAAGGGGACGAUGCAUUGAGGAGAAAGAGGAACAGGGUCAAUAGGAAGAGGCUGCGCAAUAGCGAGUCUUCUGUCUCCGCUCGUGUUGCCGCUAUCAUCGCUGCCAAGUGCCGCCGCAAGGCCGGGAAGCGGCGCAUCUGCGAGGGGAUGUGCUUUAGCCUUCCAACGGCAGAUGAUCCCUACAACGAGAGGCAUGAGAAGAAGUCUAUGGGUAAGAGCAGGAAGUCGAAGAAACAAAAGUUUAAUAGGAGAGAUAAUGGGCAUGAGGAUUCUAACUCCACUCUGAACAACGAUAAAAGGCUUCAGGAGAAGGCUGGUUGCUCUCCAGACACAGAGAAGACGCUUAUGAAGAAUCCUGUUGAGAAAACGGAGUGCAACGGGGAAAAUGGUGGCAUUAAGAAUGGCCGUGUCUCUAAGUUCCUCAUGCUGUGCUUAAAAGCUGUAGAGGAUGCUUGGGUGCAGGAGGGUACCCUCAAUAAAGACAUGGUUGGGGCUCUACUAUCGAGCUACUGGGGAGCCGAAUUCUGCGGGAUUUGUUCGUCUGGGUCAAGCGUAGUGGAGACCAGUGGUUCACCUGCAGCUAAAGAUCAGGUCGCUUGGCUGGUCUCAACAGCAGCCGAUAUUGUUGCGAGGAAGGAGAAACAAGGGAUCAUUGUUGCCAGCCCCUUCCUUUUGUUUAUAGCGUCAUCCCAAGAUAGGGCUAUUGAGGUGAGGGCUGUGUGCAAACCUCUUAAGUCUCUUGGAAUCCAUACAGUCAGCUUGCAUUCUGGGACAUCAUUGAAUCACCAGGUUCAUGGUCUAAAGAAUUGCGAGCCUGAGUUUCUUGUAUCUACCCCAGAAAGACUUCUGGAGCUUGUUUCACUAAAAGCCAUUGACAUUUCUGGAACAUCUCUAUUGGUUGUUGAUGGACUAAGAAAAUUUGUGGACUUGGGGUUGCUAGAUAAUCUAAAAUCCAUCAGAGGGAGUAUAUUUGGGGAUCCUCAGAUAAUUGCUUUCGGUGGUAGCCAUGGAGAAAUACCAGUGGUGACUGAGCUGCUACAACAUUUAAUAAGAGGGCCGGUUUAUAGGUUAUCUGCACAUGAAUCAGUGGCUAGCACAAGUACUUUUGUAUCGCAAUAUAUACACUUUUAUGCCUCGGAAGAUGAAAAGCUGUCUGAGGUUUUACAAAUUCUUUCUCAAACACUUAGUAAACAAACUGCCCGAAGUCCUGAAGUCCUUUUAAUAUCUGGCAGUGCAUCCAAAAUCAGCCCACUAGCUUCUUACCUGAAUUCUAAAGGUUAUGAUGUUUGUGGUGACAGUCACACGCGUGGUUUACACAAAACGAAUGGUGAAAAAUCUGGUUCAGUCAUGGUGAAGGAUUUAGAUAACCUCCUUGAUCUUCCCAUGGAUAAAUUUGAGAUAGUUAUGAUUGUGGAUUUCCCCUCCUCUAUCAAGGAUUAUAAUACAAUUCUGACAAAGAUUGCACGGCAUACUCUUGUUGGGGUUCUGCAUAGUUUCUUUUCUACAGUAGAUGCCCCUUUGGCUGAGUCUUUGAUUGAGGUACUCGAGCAAUGCGGUCAGGUGGUUCCACCAUUUCUUAAAAGCCUUUGAAUUUCAGAUCCUACAAGUUCAAAUAUAUGUUUGUUGAUUUAUUAAUGUACUUCUAAUUUUCAUGUUUUUAACAUGUUUAUCAUGAAACGUGUAUCACCAUCAUUGUUUUAUACAAAUUUUAACGUUGAAAUGCUCAAAGUUUCUGCUUCACUUAGUUU